UAUGUACUAAUUAACUUUGUUAGUUUCUUUCUUCAUUCCACCCUAAAAGACAAAGAUGUUCAGUUCCUCUAUGAAGAUUAACGAGAAAAAUGUUGCCAGCUUUGCCGCAAGCGAUUCCCCAGUCGACAAGGAAGGCUAUCUCUCUCGCAAGAGCGACGUCAAAGGCUACCAGAAACGCUGGUUCGUCCUAAAAGGCAACCUCCUCUUUUACUACGAGAGAAAGCAGGACAGGGAGCCGGCAGGGCUCUUAGUCUUGGAAGGCUGUGGCGUACAGGCCUCUGCAUCUGAGAAGCACGGGUUUGAGAUAUGCUUUGAUGGAGGUGGUAGCAGUGGAGGGACUUCUGGUCCAAAAUCUCACGUACUAAUGGCCGACGAUGAUGAAGAGAUGCAGUCUUGGAUGAGAGCCAUUUCUCACGCUUCGUACGACUUCCUCAAGACGAUCGUAUCGGAAUUACAGAAACAAGUCGACUCCCUCACGUCUCAUAGUGCGAAGGAGAGAGAAGGGGGAAAGAGGACGUCAUCGUCAGAGAAGAAAGGUUCACCGCGUGUGAGUAGGGAUAAAGACAGUAUCCCUAUUCGUUCAAAACCAAAGGUGACCGUGGAGAACGGUGUGCUUGUUGACGUCCCAGGGGAGGCACCCCCAGUCCCGCCCAAAAAAAGAAUGAUAGUUCAAAAAUCUCCUUCCCCGGAACCCCAGGCUGCACGGUACCCGAUCAUAAACCCAAACAAACCUCACAGCAGUCCGAUCGCCCCGCCCACAGGGAAAGGUCGCUCUACAUUGUCUCCGCCCGGUACACUAGACCGCACCCCCAUACUCCUCCCCUCGUCAAAGACGAGCGACGAUUACGACAUACCCCCAUCUCAUUACGAAGAGGAGGAGUCGUCUUUGGACGCCAGACAGUCUCAGCCAUUUGUCAAUUUGCCUUCUACCCAUACAACGUCAGUUGUCAAAGGGAUGUCUGCUCCUCCUACUUCUCAUAGCAAUUCACUGCAACUUCAUUCUGAUUUUACUGAUGCUUUUAACGCAUUACACAUGGACAAAAGUACAAAUUAAAAGAUGUAAGGUAAUUUUUAAAAAUUUUAUUAUUGUUGUCGUCGUUUUUAUUAUAAUUAAUUAUAUUGUAUCUCGUUAAGUAUUAA